AUGAACUACACCGAAUACAACCUUCGUUUGAGGUGGGCGGACCGAUUGGGAAUACAGUUUCUUGGCCCAGUGGAGCCUGAUAAUUGGCCACAAAUUCAUGGGAGACUAUUCGCGGAUGUACAAAAACUCGGCCGUCGCGAAUACGACGAUUUCGUCGAGAGUAUCUCCAUUGACUCCAUUGAGAAACCAUGGAGGAAUUCAACACGAAGCCGCGCUGAUCGCCUAUCCCAACUGGCAAAUAACGCUUGGAAAGAACGAAGGAAUGAAAGCAGUUGGAGGUUCGCCGUGGAGAACGAGAUAAUGUACCGAUUCUCGGUCGAGGUUGCUUGUCCGAAAUGUCGUAACAAGUUGUGGGAGUCUGAGAUACCCGCCGCAACGGACGGAAUUCACGUGCAAGCAGAGUUGCUUGAAGCCCGACGCCAGAAGCGUCAGCCAUGUCGAUGUCCACCUAUCUGGGGGCAAAGUCAAAAUGACAGUGGAAUCAACAUGCUCUUCUCUGACCGAGCCGAACAAAAAAUCAGACAUGAUCCGCCUUUGCCUGUGUUCUCUCAAUCUGAGAGGCUAAAACAUUCUGAAGCACCAGACCGAGUCUAUGGACUAAAACAGACGGACAACUUCAAGCUCCUUUUGGACUCAGACGAUAAGCGCGGUGCUGCAGCUACGCCAUGUCCGUCGCUACGUGAAGUCAUGGAAGUCAGUCCAUUUGAGCCCGAGGGGGAGCCCUUGCUUUAUCCAUUUCUUGUUAUGGAAGCAAAGUCAAGUAAAGGGGCAGAUCGAGGAGAGGUCAACAUGCAGACGGCGUUUGUUAUUAGGCGCCUUCUAAAUGUGCAGCUCGACCUCAAGUUAGCGACCGGAGAAGAAACGCAGUGGGAAUCAGGGCCACUUGUCUGGUUCUUGGCAUGGCGGGGUGAAAUUUGGGAAAUCUCGGCAGCGUUUGUUAAUGAAUCUCGGAGCAAAUAUGUGAGUGAAGUUUCACCUGUUACCCAAAGAUUCACAUUAGACUGA